UUUUUUUUUGCCCUAGUGGUCAAGUCCGAGAACACUCCCAUCACUUCCUAAGGCCUCCGAUCAUCGCCCGGCGAGCUCUCUGUUUCCGUGCAGAAUCUCAGACUGUUAAUUUCAGGGCAUUGAAAGAAAGAAAUUGCAUAAUUCUAAAGGGCUUCACUAUCUAAAUCAGUGUUGCUGUGAUGAGCUUGACAAUGUAGAUGACUCCAAGGAGUACUUGGAAACUAGGAGGACUAUGGGUAUCGUUCGAAUCAGUUCUGAUGAACAGGUUUAAAUUGUACCCAUAGAAGCAUAAGAAAAGAGGCAUCAUGACUGUGGACAGAAGGGAAGAAGAACAAGACCCUAGUCAGCAGUCAACAGAUGCCACUGCUGUUUGGCCGUUUCUAAGGUUUGAUUCUCCUCCUCGCAAGAUUUAUCACUUCUUCCAGCAGUUCAGGAAUGGGGUUGAAAACCCUAGCAACUAUAAUAACUUCUUAAAAGGGGUGAAGUGGUCACCUGAUGGCACAUGCUUUCUCACUAGCUGUGAUGACAACACCGUCCAACUCUUCCACCUGCCUGAGGAGGCUAGCUACAUUGAUCAACUGGCUUCAGAUUACCAAGAUUCUUACCAUUCAAGUCUCGUCAUAAAUGAAGCAGAGAUGGUUUAUGACUACUGCUGGUACCCCUAUAUGUGUUCAUCAGAUCCCACCUCCUCUGUUUUUGUGGCAACAACACGUGAUCACCCUAUUCAUCUUUGGGAUGCUACAUCUGGUCAGCUGCGGUGCACCUACCGAGCCUACAAUGAAAUGGAUGAGAUAACUGCCGCCCUUUCAGUCUCCUUCAGCUCCUCAGGCACCAAGCUUUUUGCUGGCUACAAUAAAAUGUUGAGAGUAUUUGAUGUACAUCGCCCUGGUAGAGAUUUUCAGCAAUUUUCUCUUCAUAAAGGCAAAGAUGGACCUUCAGCAUUCAUCAAACGCAAAUGCCAUGGCCUUAUAGCAAUAAGUUCUUUUAUCUUAAAUGAAAAAGGUUUUCUCCUUCUCCGCUUCUAUGAUUUGAAUCUGCCUAAUGUAAAUCUUUAUGGGGGCAGGCCUAAUAUUACUCCCCUCCCAAAAAGACAUCAUGUCCUCAAGGUGGAAUCCAGAUGUGGUUUCUUGCUUGUUACCUUUGAGAAGGGUUAUGUAGCAUUGCCAAGCAGGUGA